CACGCUCUUUGUACACUCCGCCCUCUCUCCCCAUCUCUUUCGACAGAUCUCUAUCUCUCUCGUGAUUCACGAAACAAUGGCGACUCAAUUCAGCGCUUCUGUCUCCAUGCAAACUUCUUGUCUGGCAACAACAAGGAUUAGUUUCCAAAAGCCAGCUUUGAUUUCCAACAAUGGAAGGACUAAUCUCUCCUUCAACCUGCGCCGUUCUAUCCCAUCUCGCCGCCUCUCUGUUUCUUGCGCGGCAAAACAAGAGACGAUAGAAAAAGUUUCUGAGAUAGUGAAGAAGCAACUAUCACUUACACCGGAUAAAAAAGUCGUUGCAGAAACCAAAUUUGCUGACCUUGGAGCAGAUUCUCUCGACACGGUUGAGAUAGUGAUGGGUUUAGAGGAAGAGUUUAACAUCCAAAUGGCCGAAGAGAAAGCUCAGAAGAUUGCCACAGUGGAGCAAGCUGCUGAACUCAUCGAAGAGCUCAUCAAGGAAAAGAAGUAAUUUAGCCCCAAAAUAAACUUAAAAAAAGAAA